UGAAUCAGAUUGGUAUGGGCAAGGACAUGUGGUUCGUGUCGUUUGAUCAUAUUACAAAGAUUCUCGAGGUACAACUGCUCUACCUAACAGCCAUUGGACUGACGAAAAUAUCAAUGUUGCUUUUCUACCUCCGAAUUUUCCCGGACUGGAAACUUCGUCGCGCCAUAUAUGGAAUGAUGGGAGUUUGUCUUCUGUACAUCGUCGUUUUCGUCACCGUCACCGCCCUGCAGUGUAUCCCAGUCAACCAGGCCUGGCUGAAAUGGGAUGGCGAGCACAAGGGAAAAUGCUUGAACUUGAACGCUGAUGGCUGGGCGUCCGCCUCCCUGAAUAUUAUCCUCGACCUGAUCGUUAUCGCCCUGCCAAUGAAGCAACUCACGUCUCUCAAAAUGAGCUGGGUGCGCAAGCUGGGUGUCGUAGCCAUGUUCCUCGGUGACAACGUAACCUGGGACUAUCUACCCGUCGGCUACUGGUCUGCAGUCGAAACCCACGUCGGCGUCAUGGUCGCAUGCGCGCCGGCCAUGCGCUCUCUCCAAUACCAGAUCCGCCAGAAGCUCUGGCCCAAGCCCGUCACCCAAUCCUCCUACUACGACGACACCAAGAACAGCAGCAAGAACAAGAGCAAAGCCGACUCUGCCAACCGCAGCUGGGGUGGCUCCAAAAUCGACAGUCGCUCGCGCCUAAGCACCAUCAGCCACCGCAAAGACGACUUUGUGCAGAUCGACGAGUACGAGAUGAACGUGGGCGAUGACUUCUCGCGCGGCAAGGACGAUAUGAAUCCCGUGGUGGAGGCCGACGCAGCCUCGGAGGGCUCUAUAAACCGCGUUUUAACGCCGCAUGAUGAUAUUGCGCCAUUGGCUGCCACGGCAGCGCCUAUUGGGAGGGGUCAUGGCAUCAUGGUUCAAACAGAUUGGAGUGUUGGAAGAGAAAAUCGAGAUCAUAGACACGCUCGC